AUGGCAGGUCUGAACGUUAAUGGCUAUGCAGGAGUUGGUGUAGGAGCUCAGGCGCCAUAUCCUACUCAGCCUCAAUAUCAGUAUCAGUACUAUCCAUAUGGCGGUUACCCUCCUCAGCCGCAGCAGCAACCACCAUAUCCUCCUGCAUCUGCACCUGUCCCCACCCCGCCUGGGUCCCGCCACCAGAACUCCGGUACUGAAUCCAUCGGCGGCAAGACUGAGCAGAGCGGCACCUUCAAGGGCCACGGCACUGGAGCUUCCAUCCAGGGCGGCUUUACCGCCUCCGGCUCCAUCGCCUAG